AUGGAUGCGGUGGUCUCUGCGGUGGUUGGCGACCUCAUCGGCCGGCUCAUCUCCUUCAUCAUUGAGAAGUCCCAGACUCAGGCUGCCACCAAUGACAACAGGAUAGCAAGGCUGCAACGGCUGCUACUACGAGCCAGCACUGUCGUCGAGGAGGCCGAGGGACGGCGAGUCACCAACAGUGGCAUUCUCCUGCAGCUUAAACAGCUCAGGGAGGCCACCUACCGGGGCUACUACGUGCUGGACACCUCUGAAUUACGGGCCUCUCAACCGAAGAGAAGGGUAGCGGUGAGCACUUACAAUCUUCAAAGCGACACCGACAAUUUAGAAGCGGCCCUCGACGGUAUGGAAGAGUUCCUCCUAGUAUUGAUGCACUGCCCUCCUAUCGCUCGUCAACCAUACAGUGUUUAUCUAUUCAUGGAGAGGUGCAUGUUUGGUCGACAUGCGGAGAAAGAGCAUAUUGUUAACUUCUUACGGCUUCCGUGUUCAUCUUUGGAUGUCCUCCCCGUUAUUGGGCCUUCUUAUGUUGGGAAAAGGACCCUAGUCGAGCAUGCAUGCAGAGAAGAAAUUGUGCAGAGAAACUUCUCGCAUAUUUUGCGUCUCAGCGGUGAUGAUCUCAAGAAUCUAGGGAAUAAUAACGCUUUGGAUAGCUGCAGGAAGUUAGGGAGGUUCUUGAUUGUUGUGGAGCUUGUUCACGACACAGAUGAGGUAGCAUGGGGUAAGAUUUACCAUGCCUUAGGCCAUAGAGCAAGCGGUAGCAAGGCCAUACUUAUCAGCCGAAUGGAUCAGGUGUCGAGUAUGGGGACAACGCAAACUCUUAGGCUGACGAGGUUACAACAAGAGGAGUACUGGUAUUUUUUUUAG